CGGCGGGCGGCGCGGAGGCGGCUCCGGCAGCAGCGGCAGCAGCGGGGAUCGGGAGAAGCCGCAGCGAUGUCGGAACGGAAAGUGCUGAACAAAUAUUACCCCCCGGACUUUGAUCCGGCCAAGAUCCCGAAGCUGAAGCUCCCCAAGGACCGGCAGUACGUGGUGAGGCUCAUGGCCCCCUUCAACAUGAGGUGCAAGACGUGUGGGGAGUACAUCUACAAGGGCAAGAAGUUCAACGCCCGCAAGGAGACGGUGCAGAACGAGUCCUACCUGGGGCUGCCCAUCUUCCGCUUCUACAUCAAGUGCACGCGCUGCCUGGCUGAGAUCACCUUCAAGACAGACCCCGAGAACACGGAUUACACCAUGGAGCACGGCGCCACCAGGAACUUCCAGGCAGAGAAGCUCCUGGAGGAGGAGGAGAAGAGGAUGCAGAAGGAGAGGGAAGAGGAAGAGCUCAACAAUCCCAUGAAGGUGCUAGAGAACCGAACCAAGGACUCCAAGCUGGAGAUGGAGGUCCUGGAGAACCUGCAGGAGCUGAAGGAGCUCAACCAGCGCCAGGCCAACGUGGAUUUUGAGGCCAUGCUGAAGCAGUACAAGGAGCUGGAGGAGGAGCAGAGGCGCAAGGAGCAGGAGGAGGACGAGCAGGAGAUGAAGGCCAUGCUGGAGCAGGCCCAGAACCGCCGGCUCCUGCAGGAUUCCGACUCUGACGAGGAGCCGACAAAGCCCCGCGCGAAUCCCGCGGCGCAGCCAAAACCCACAGACAUCCUGCAGGAGGAGCCCCAGCCCCAGAACAAGAAGCCGAGGACGGAGAGCUGGGAGCGCAGCGUGGGCAAGCUCAGCAGCAGGGCGCAGCUGGCCGGGCUGGUGACCCACAGGAGGCAGAAGCCAGAUCCUGCCCCGGAUAAUGGGAUGGAAACACGAGGCACCACGGCCAGCACUGGCUCACUUCCAGCAGCAGCAGCAGCCACGUCCUCGCUGGGAUUAUUGGGAGCCUACUCAGACAGCGAGGACAGCGCCAGCGACUGAGGAGCCAGUGGGGCAGGGGCAGGGAUGGGGCAGGGAUGGGGCUGUCCCCCCUCCCUGCAGCCCCACACAGAGCUGGAAGCACAGCCAGGGCCCCACAGGGUCCAAGCCACGGCUGUUCUCACAUCCUGCCCUGCAGCAGCAGCACAGGGAAGGUGUUUUCCCUGCAGCAGGAGUCCUGGGGAAGCCCCAGCCGUGUCCAGCGUGUCCCAGCCCUGCUGCCAGCAUGUGUUGGGGAGUGCCAGGGCUGGACAGGACAGGACUCUGCUGUGUCCAUUCUGGGGGUGCCGCUGCCCUCACCCCCACACUGAUCAUGCCCAGGUCGGGUUUGGGGUGCCCUGAGGCACCUUGGAUCCUUCCCAUGGGGGUGCAGGGGAGGGUGGGUGCUCAGCCCCCCCUCCUUCACUUCACCCCCAGCUGUUCCUGUGCCAGGCUGUCUCAGAUCCCACCUUUGCACAGACCUGGGGGGCUCAUCCAGCUCCCCACUGCAGGGACAGGGACAGGGCUGUCCUGCCACCACCAGCCCCCCCAGAUGUCCCCAGGAGCUCAGGGACAAACCCCUCACCACCAUUCUG